AUGGGUCUCAGCAGAGCGUCGCUGGGCUUUCUGGGCCUGUUCUUUACGGCGGGUUCCAUCUUGCUAAUCUUCCUGACUCUUUUGGCCGGUACUCGUAACACCACGCCGCUGAACCAGGUCUACUUCCUCCAAGUCGACACAAGCAAUAUUGCAGGCGCCGCGGCAACAUCGCGCUGGACCUUUUGGAAUCUCUGCGGAGUGACAGAUGGCAAGAAUGACUGCGGCAAAUCCCAUGUCGAUUUCCCAUUCGACCCCCCAAGCCACCGUAACUUCGAUACAACCGAGAACAUCCCUGAUCAGUUCAUCGACACCAAGCACUAUUUCUUGAUGUCGCGGUUCAUGUUCCCCUUCCUCAUCAUCGGCCUGUUCUUCUCCGUGCUCUCUCUCUUCACUGGCCUGUUGGCCAUGUGCACGCGCAUCGCCGGCUACCUGUCUGGUUUCCUGGCCUGGCUCGGUCUGACCUUCCAAGUCAUCACCACCUGUCUUAUGACUGCCGUCUUCGUCCAGGGCCGUGAUGCCUUCAAGAGUAACGGCCAGACCGCCAAGGUUGGCGUCAAGGCUUUCGCUUUCAUGUGGACUGCUUCCGCUUGUCUUUUCCUGGCGUGCCUGAUGUACUGCCUUGGCGGCGCCGUCGGACGGAAAGACAGCAAAGGCUACAGUGGCCGCAAAGAGCGCCGUCGUGGAUUCUUCUCUUCCCAGCGCUCGAACAGCGUGAAGAGCCAAAAGAGGGAAACCACAAACUACGCUUAA